AUGGAGGAGAAGCUUCUGAGAGUACUGAGAGAGAACAAGGAGGCUUUCCGGUGGAGCAUAAAUGACAUUAAGGGCAUUAGUCCUUCCAUAUGCACUCAUAGAAUUCACCUGAAGGAGGAGUUCAAACCAAAAGUACAACCCCAAAGGCGAUUAAAUCCUAAUCUGAAAGAAGUAGUGAAAAAGGAGGUAAUUAAGUUAUUGGAUGUCGAUAUUAUAUUCCCAAUCUCUGAUAGCCCUUGGGUGAGUCCUGUGCAGGUGGUACCAAAGAAAGGAAGGACUACUGUUAUGCAAAAUGAGCAACAAGAGCUCAUCACAAUCAGAAAGGUAACCGGAUGGAGGAUGUGUAUUGACUACAGGAAGCUUAAUGAAGCCACCAGGAAGGAUCACUUCCCUCUACCCUUUAUUGAUCAGAUGUUAGAGAAUUGUGUACAUAACUUGAAUUUAGUUUUGCAGAGAUGCAGGAAAGCCAAUUUGAUUUUAAAUUGGGAGAAGUGUCAGUUUAUGGUUGAUGAAUGCAUUAUUUUGGGGCACAAAGUGUCAGGAAAAUGUAUUGAAGUAGACCCUGCCAAGAUUGAGAUUAUUUCUAAACUACCUCCCCCUACAAGUGUCAAGACAGUGUCAGGAAAAGGUAUUGAAGUAGACCCUGCCAAGAUUGAGGUUAUUUCUAAACUACCUCCCCCUACAAGUGUCAGGGCAGUCAGGAGUUUUCUAGGGCAUGCUGGAUUCUAUAGGAGGUUUAUACAAAACUUCUCAAAAAUAUCAAAACCCCUUUCUGAAUUAUUGGCUAAAGAUGUAGAGUUUAAAUUUGAUGAAACAUGUUUAUCUGCUUUCAUGAAAUUAAAAGAGAAAUUAACAAUUGCUCCUGUGAUUGUGGCCCCUGACUGGUCUUUACCUUUUGAGCUAAUGUGUGAUGCUAGUGAUGCAACGAUGGGAGCAGUUCUGGGACAAAGGCGAGAUAAGGAUGCUAAACCAAGGAUUAUACGGUGGAUCCUUCUCCUCCAAGAGUUUGAUGUGGAGAUUAGAGACAAAAAAGGAAUAAGGGAACUCACGGUGAAGGAGAUCAAGGAUUCUUUUCAUGAUGAAAGGCUCCUCUCAAUCUCUAAGGCACUUUGGUAUGAGAAUUUUGUAAAUUAUCUGGCGGGUAAUGUAACUCCUAAACUACUUGACAAGCAUACGCUUAGAAAGUUUUGGUCUGAUGUGAAGCAUUAUAUUUGGGAUGAACCUUAUCUCUUUAAGAUUUGUGGGGACAAUAUGAUUAGGAGGUGUGUUUCAGAGAGUGAAGUUAAUGAGAUUCUUAACCAUUGCCAUUCUAGGGAGGUGGGAGGUCAUUGUGGCCCAUCAAAAACCGCUCAUAAGGUCCUGCAGUGUGAUUUUUAUUGGCCUAGUUUGUUUAAAGAUGCUCAUUUAUAUGUUAAGUCAUGUGAUAUGUGUCAAAGAAGUGGAAAUAUAUCUAGGAAACAUGAAAUGCCUCUUAGUAAUAUCUUAAUUUGUGAAUUAUUUGAUGUCUGGGGCAUAGACUUCAUGGGGCCUUUCCCCAAAUCCAUGCAUAAUGAAUGUAUAUUAGUAGCUGUUGAUUAUGUUUUACCCACCAAUAAUACUCGAGUUGUGAUUAAAUUUUUAAAGAAAAAUAUUUUCACUAGAUUUGGCACCCCUAGAGCUAUUAUUAGUGAUGGUGGCACCCAUUUUUGCAAUAAACAAUUUGAAGCUCUUUUGACAAAAUAUGGUGUUACCCAUACGGUGGCCACUCCUUAUCAUCCCCAAACUAGUGGACAAGUUGAGAUAUCUAAUUAG